AUGCAGCCAGAGGCAGCGGACGUUGAGUGGCUGCUGGGGCCCGGGGCGUCGCUGCGGCGCCUGGCCGGGCUGUGGCGGCAGCAGCAGGACCACUCUGGCCGCCUGCGGGCAGCUCUCACCCUGGCCGCCGUCUCCCUCCUGCCGGUUUCCGUCGCUCUCAAGAUAAGCAUGGACCCUCCGCAGGAACUGGACGAAAUCACAUUGUGCGGUUUUGUUGCCUUUAUUUCCAGUGGAAAUUUUGUGAAGGUUCUGCUGUUCAUAUGUGGAGGAAGUGCACUGCACCAGCUGGUGGAGCUGCUGUCCACGACCAUGGGACGCUACGGCAGUGGAGAAAGCAGCGGCGCCAUUCGGAGCCAGUAUCGGAAGCUUUCGGACCGCGUGUACAUGUACUUGCAGGCGGCUAUGGUUCCGGGGUUUGUCGGCUGGGUGUGUUCUCCGCUGCUGUCACGCAGUGCGCUCGCGUCCGCACAGGGCCCCGGUGACACACCCAGACAGCUGCCUCUGCCUGCGUGGCUACCCCUGGACAUCCACGCGUCGCCCACGUACGAGCUGCUGUACGCGACGCAAUCAUUCUCCCUUUUGGUCGCUUGUGAGACUUCAGUCAGCAUCGACAGUUUCUUCAUUCACCUCAUGCUGAUGGUUUCCGCUGAAAUAGAAGUUUUAAGUGACAAUGUUCCAGCCAUGAAGAGACGUCGUAUGAAGAGUCCACAGUACCAAACAGAGAAGUGGUCGUCCAGAGCAGAAAUAAAUAAUGAAACGUCGAAAUUUCCCGACAGCCAUAACUCCUUAAGUACUAAACUGGUAACGAAAGUUGGUUCACAUGGGCACAUGUAUUUCCUCCUACUGAAGAACAUUCAACACCACCAGAUGAUACUCAGGCUGGGCUCUCUUUUGCAGUCAUCGAUGACUGUGUCAAUAUUUGUAAUGCUGUUCAUCAACAUGGCUAAUUUGUGUUCCAGUAUCUUCAUCAGUGCGGUGUUGUUGCAGAGAGACAAGAAUGUGGCAAAAGCACUGAGGUCGCUGUUGGCAAUACCCCCUGUCCUUUACCAGACGGGGUUGUACUGUAUUUUCGGCAACAUAAUAACAGAUCAGAGCGAGAAGUUGGCCAUGUCCACCUUUAACUGUGGGUGGACGGAUUGUGAUAUUCGCUUCAAACGUAACCUGCUCAUCUUCAUGAUGCGAGCUAUGCAGCCAAUAGAGAUCACUGUUGGGAAAACCUGCAAACUCUCCAAGGAGAUGCUACUACAGGUGCUGAAUGGGACGUAUGCGCUACUGAAUAUGCUUUACAACUUCCACGGAACUGAUUGA